AUGAACAGCGAGAAGAAUAUUUUCACAUCGCUAUGGCAUUUGCACUGCCUGCAUAAUUCGCAAGCAAUAAAGCACUGGGCACAGUUGAAUAGACUUGUAAGCAGGCUGCUUGCACAAAGUGCCUUUCCCAACGACGGUUGCAAACCACUCCAAAAAAACACACAACUUAUUUGUUUAGCGCCCCUUGAAAGAAAUUUCGGCAAAGUGGGUUUCAGAAGCCGGGAGUUUUCACGCCGAGAAUUUACUCCGAUUCCGGCAGAAGGCAGCACCCAUGGCAUCGACCGUCCUGUGGCUUCUUUGCAGCUUGGGCAUGUGUUUGCUGGCCCGGGCUCAAGAGCACGACGGCAUGGCACCUCCGCCGCGGCCACGAAUUCCCGGACAAAGCGGCCGCCAGCACCGCCACCGCCAGCCGUCUCGGCGCCCUUCGACGCGGAGUCGGACGAGGCCGCCGCGACCUCGCAGCUCGCCAAGUGGCAGGACAGCCACGAGCACGACAAGCCGCGCGGGGUGCCGCCGCAGGACAUCCUGCAGGCUGCUUCAGAGGGGGCCUCCCCCACUGCUCGCGGACCCCUCCUUCGACAAGCAGCAGCACGGCUCCUCGGCCAAGGGCGGCGGUCACCUGCUGCGGCUGCUGUCCGAGCGGCGGGAGGGCAGCUUCCCCCCGCACUUCUGACCACCAACGCCGUGGGGGCGAAGGCCGGGGCCGCCGGAGGAGACGUCGGCGGCGAGUGGAGCGACGGCGGCUUCGAGUUGGGCGGCACGACGCCCGCCGGCUUCUCCUGGGGCCGGGGCCACUUGGACGACGGCGCGCACGACUUCGGGGACGACGCGGAGGCGGAUGAGGACGUGGAAGAGGAGGAGGAGGAGGAGGAAGAGGAGGAGGAGGAGAGGCACGAGGAGGGGGAGGACAAUCAAGAGGAGGCAGAUGAAGAGGACGAGGAGCGUGAAGAGGAAGCGGAGGAGGAAGAGCGGAGGGCGGAGGAUGACGGGCAGAUGGGAGAGGAGGAACGUGAUGGUGAAGAUGAGCAGGAGCAGCAGAGAGAGCGGACGAGCAAGGGCGGCGUGGACGAGGAUUCGCCGUACGACGGCGGCGAACCUCAGGAAGCGUCCACGACCUCGCGCGAGCCGGACCGGGAGGACGCGGAGGACGUGGAGGACGCGGCCGCGCCGACGCUCUCGGCGCUGCCGCUGCCCGGCACCGCCUCUCCGGGCGAGGAGGAGGACGAGGAGGACGAGGAGGAUGAGCCCCUGCGGCCGGACUGGAGCGACGCGGAGAGGGCGGACGUCGCCACCGACCGCCCGCCCGUGUGGCCGGGGGAAGCGGUGGGCACGGGAGACGGCGAGACGACCCCCGAGACGACCCCCGAGACGUUCGCGACCGACAGCGUCGACGACGACCACGAGGACGAGGACGACGACGACGACAACAACAACGGCAAUUUCGAGGACGGCGAUGUCAAUGCGAAUGUCGAAGACGAGGAUGAGGGUGAGAACGACCACGACGGAGAUGACGAGGACGUCCACGAGUCCUAUCCAAGGUCGCCCACGCCGGCCGACCCCUGGCCAGGCGCCGAGGCUUCGGAGGAGCCCGUCGCUUCGGCGCUGCCCACGGACGCCGGCGAGGCGCCGCCGGAGGUUCGCACCGUGUCCGAGGUCGAAGGUCAGCAGCGGCACGGCGAUGGCCCCACGCCGCAGCCGCGGCCGCCGUGCCCGGGAGGCGGCUGUCCCUCGGACGAGCACGGCACCAUCAUCGCCAUCAUCGUGACCGUCCUGUGCGCGACGCUGGUGGUGGCCGUGAUCGCCGUGUGGUGCUACAAGAAGCGGCAGCAGCAGCAGCAGUCGUCCACGUUCCAGCUCAACGGAAAGGGCCACUCGAGGCAGCGGGAAAACAUUGAGAUGCACCAGACUGUGUAGGGGCGGCGGCGGCGUCGCGGUGCCGGUGAUGCACGGACGGUGUUGAGAGUGUUGAUGUGCUACGGCCGCCUAAAGCAUCAUCGCGGUGGUCACGUUAGCAGCGGGAGGGUUACCAGAAGUAUAUGUUCGAUCACGCCCAGGGCUUCGUUUCAGCCGAAGCUAUCCGGGGCUGAGCACCAGAAAAUAUCCCCGCCCUCCCCUGGAAAAUAUUCCCCGCGAAAUUACGCCCCUGGUUAGACCUUUUUGUCUGUUUGUAAUCAGAUUGCCAUUGCUUCGCGUGUGCAAGUUCGUUGCUGUUUAUGCUUACUUUCAUUGAAAGAAAUAGCCCACAAUAAUGAUUCAAGGUUGUAAACGAUUGUGGUCGCAGCUUGGGUUCAUGUCAGCACAGCAGCCAAAUGCUCAUCAUUCGGCAAAGCCUCCAAUCACAACCUAGAUCGGAUCAGCAUAAUGUACGUUAACUCAAAGAGAGUAAUCAUAACAGUGGUCAAAUACUACAAUCUCAUCGUUUUGAAAACACUAAAUAUAUUUCACAUUGUACAACUUCCAGGAGUCAGUAAUCGUGCUGAUUACUUAUUUAACAAAUAUUCAAACGUUUACGGUCGGGAAACAGAAUGAGAGAUGCCACUCCAACAACACCGAUUCUCAAGGGACAUCUGCACUGUCACCAACUACUUUAUCAGCCCUACGGCUUCUCAGUCAACUGCGUUUAAUUUGUCUCGGCACAGACUCCUCCUCUCUAUCAGUCGCCGUGUCACCCAUUACAUACACCCAGAACCAUACGCUUCAGACAAAAAUCUAAAGACUUAAAAACAUUAAAUUGUCUAUGGCUUGACCCAUCACGCACCGAACUUUUGACCCGUAAGUUUCCCAGUUCGAUGUCCCGGCACGUCGGUUGAAACAACGGUGCAAGUUUCUCAAAUCGUUCCGCCAAUCCGUACCGCCCAGCGGUACGAAUUGGCUUUGGCCACCCUUAGUCGAUCGGCAGAGCCGCGUGUGGCCGAGUGAAGGGUGGGCCCGUGACUUCCGUUGCUUCCCAGACGUCUCGCCAGCGUGGAACGGGGUGAGCCAAAACAAACACCAUCCGUAGGGCUCGCUCUCUCUAUCUCGAGCUCAUCCCGAGUGGAGGUCCUGCUGCCAAUAUAUUUGUCAGGCCUGCACCUUAACCUUUGACUAAAUCGAUAUCAGCACCGUUAAAUAUGUCACGCCUGACCAAAGUACGAGAACCUUCACCGGGACCCACCGGCUGUGGCUUGCUGGUCUGUGGAUGCGAUGGAAAGGGAGCCCACGAAAGUUGUCGCCCCGCACGAAUUCUGCACAGUGAUACGAAUAACUUUCUAAGCAAACCGACUGUCACGUAAACCUCACAGUUGCGAUGAUUCGCCUACGGUCUGUAAUGCAGGGCAGAGUUGUUGGUGAAACAGCCGCUGGACUUUGAAAGGUCAGGAUAUUUUGCUUCUGAAACUCGAGCGAGAAAUCGAGAGUGGCGAAAUGAUUGUUGACAGUUUGAUUAUACCUUAAACCCCACGAGGUCUCUUAAUAGCCUUCGGUUAAUAGUAGCAAGCAUGUUUAAUUACUUUCAAUGGCUCCUUCCCAACACUAUAUGCGGAGAAAUUAAUAGAAGAGUUGGUAUUGCAGUGUCCUGCAGUGAACGCUAUUUAAUUUGCAAGCCACAUUAACAAGCAUCUAGACAACAUGUGCAUAGCGCUAGAUAGCUUAUCAGAACGUCCCACCCAGACAUCUAAGCCACCUUCAUAAUGUGUUGAUAUUUGAUAUCCGUAUAUUGAGAAGUAAAUCUAUAUUUUUAUACUGGUGAAAUGUUAUCCAUAAACCCAAGUCUAUUAAUGCAUAUUACUGACAAAUUAAAACCAGUUAACCACUUAUCGUGAUGGUUGCUGAUGAAUAUGCCACAUAAUAUAGUUUUUUGGGUUAGAUCACGGAACUAUGUGUCGUUAAACCCUCCACCACCCGACAUAGCCAAUUCGUAAGGU